AUGACUGCGGCCUACUUUGACUCGCUCGAUGAUCUGGCAGCAUGGCAUGCCACACAUGCGCCAGUUGAGCACCUUGACUCAUAUCAGACAGCCCGAGCAUAUGACCCUUCAGUCCCAAGAACUCUCGUUUGCCAUGACUUCAGGGGCGGCUAUACCGAACAGCUCGACCGGCGCGACUAUGUCUUCCAUUACUGGCAUCUCAUCGACAUCUUCAUCUACUUUUCUCAUCACCGGGUCUCCAUUCCUCCCGCUAGCUUGAUCGCCGCUGCCCACAAACGAGACACCAAGGUGCUCGGCGUCUUAGUCUUCGAGCACGAGGCAGGCCAGGAGGACGCGCGAAAGCUCGUCCAAGGCUCGAACGAGCGUUCAUCUCGGCUCUUACGUACAAACGCACGACGCGACAAUCCGUUCGCGACCGUCUCGAUCGAGCAUGCCGAUCAGCUUAUCGAUCUCGCCAUCUGCCAUCGCUUCGACGGAUAUCUGCUCAACGUUGAGAUUGACCUCGGCAUGCACGGGCGGAGUCACGCACGCGAGCAUGCUGUCGCGCUCCAGGCUUGGGCCGAAUAUUUCUCGAGUGAGCUCAGACGGCGCAUCCCAGGCGGAGAGGUCAUCUGGUACGAUGCAGUAACCUCCACCGGCGCUUUGCGCUGGCAAAAUCGACUGAACGACCUGAACCGCGGAUUCGCCGACGCAUGCGGCGCAAUCUUCACGAAUUAUCACUGGUCGCCCCCUGAUCUGGCCGCAGACUCACGAGAAUUGUCUCACAGCACGCGGACUCCUCAGCGACUGCUUGCAGGGAGCGAGAUCCCAGCGCUGGCUCCCAGCAAUGUCUUUUGUGGCAUCGACGUCUGGGGACGAGGCCAAUACGGCGGAGGCGGUCUCUCGACACACCUAGCAGCGGCUGCCGUAAGUGCUGCACAACUUUCGAUCGCUCUCUUCGGUCAAGCCUGGACAUUCGAGUCAUCCGAGCUCUUCCCAGACGGCGUACAGGAUUGGUCGACUUGGCAAGAGACAGAUCAGCAUCUCUGGCUGGGAAGUGGUGCAGAUGCACAGGAUGAGCCUGCGCUCGCUUUACUCGAGCGUGAGCGUCGCAAGGAGCUGUACGAACGCCUGUCCGAGCAAGAGCGGGCGCGAUUUGGAGCGUGCGACGUACCGCAUCGACCUCUGUCGGCAUACCUGACGGGAAAGCCGAUAGACAUCCGAAAAGCCGGCUUUGUUGCCACUGGCUGCCUCGGCUCGGGCAAAGCAUAUUGGCAUCGCGGCGAACCUGUCUGGCAGCCGACGCGUGGCUGGACCGAGCCGAGCCUUGCAUCAGCGUUCCCCAGCUUGGCAAUUCCUUGCAGAGCUCGGCAGACCCAUCUGGUAGCAUUCGAUGAUACUGUAGCCUGGUCAGGUGCUCAGUCCCUGCUCGUCCGGGCCAGAGCGAGCGACCAGCCCAUCAAAGCAAAUCGGACGAGCUCGACGCGCUUCUUGCAGAAUGCACAACGCUACCAGCCACGAUAG